AUGGCAAUGUCGAAGCAGCAGCUUGCUGGUAAACUAGCGAAGAAAACUUUAUCAUUAGAUGAUAAGAUCAAGUUUUUGGAUUUCGCCAAAAAAAAUCCAGAACUUGGAUGUAGAAAACUAGCAGACAUUUACAAGAUUGGAAAGACAGCCGCAGCAAAUAUUUUAAGAGACGAAAAGAAAAUUCGUGAACAACAUGAAAUUUUUCGUGAGAAAACAAAAAAACGUAACCGCCAUGGCAAGUAUCACAAGAUAAAUGAGAUCUUAUUCGAAUGGUACAAAAGAUGUUGCGCUUCUAACAUCUACCCUAAUGGUGUAAUGCUUAAAGAGGAGGCGUUGGAAAUUAAGGAAAAACUUCAGAACAGCGAUUUUGAUAAUUUCUCCGCCUCUGACGGUUGGUUGGAUCGUUGGAAAACAACAUAUUCCGUCAAAGAACGUCGUAUUGUUGGUGAAGCUGGUGACGUUUCUACAGAAACGGUUACUUCCUGGAUGGAGAGGAUCAAAGAAUUGGUUGAAGGUUAUUCACUAGAAAAUAUUUGGAACAUGGACGAGUCUGGCUGUUUUUUUAAAGCUCUACCGGCCAAAGGGUUAGUGGAAAAAGGAAAACAAGCAAAAGGUGGGAAAAAGUCAAAGCUUAGAUUAACUGUCGCUUUUUUUGUAAAUGCAGCUGGGGAAAAGAUCGACCAGCCUGUUGUUAUCUGGAAGAGUAAAGUCCCGCGUUGUUUUAAAAAAUUGAAAGAUCCAUCGCGUCCAGCUAACGUUCACUACUUUUCAAAUCCUAAAUCUUGGAUGACAUCUCAAGUAAUGGAAACUGUACUGGCACGUUUUAACAGAAAACUUUUAUUUGAGGACAGAAAAGUUAUUCUUUUUCUGGACAACGCCACCUGUCAUCCGGAGUCAAUGAUAGGCCAGUUUUCACAAAUCAAAAUCAUUUUCUUACCGAAGAACACAACUUCAAGGCUUCAACCACUCGAUGCGGGGAUCAUCAAAAACUUCAAGGUGAAGUACAGAAAAAGACUGGUCAAAUACGUGCUUGCAAGGAUCCAGGAGAAUAAAUCUGCAACUGAAAUUAUCAAGAGCGUAGACAUACUUAUGGCUAUUCAAUGGGUUCAAGAUGCGUGGAAAGAAGUAACCAACUUGACCAUCAAAAAUUGUUUCGAGAAAUGUGGCGUAGUUCAAGGAGAAAGUGAAUUGAUGGAAGAUAAAGAAGAUGACUUGGAAUUUGAAGCUCUGGUGAAGGAAUUAACUGAAGAUAUGUCUGCUGCAGAAUACAUCGAUUUUGACGCCGAUGUUCCAGCUUCGGAGCCAAGAAUUAACGAAUUAGAAAUAAAUUGGCGACAUCAAAUCCGAGAAGCUAGCAUUAACGCAAUUGAAAAUCCAGAGAUGGCAUGUCAGGUCGAAGAGAUUUCCGAGGAUGAUGAUGAGAGUGAAGACGUGGUUGAAGAAGAAAUGCUUGGUUUCACCGAGCUAAUCACUAUGCUUGAUAAAUUAAGCGAUCUACUAUUUUUGAUGAUACAUGCCAAGAAAUGUUGUCAACCAUUACGAAAAAGAUUGAGGAACUUCAGCUUCAAAAUAGAAAACAAUCCUCAAUCAAAGAUUAUUUCAAAUAGGGAGAAAAACGUGUAUUGA